UGGGCAGUCACUCCAACAAGCGGGAACGACCCGGGAAGCGGAAUCCGUGCCUCGAACCUAGAGACUGACCUCUGUUCAGACCCCAUCCUCAUCUCUGCUUAAAACCCUAGCCCCAGAAGUCACUCCAUCGGUGCAGUUUACAACUUCCAGAAGUCCCUAGCACCUUGCAGUGCGAUGUCUUGCGUCAAGCUUUGGCCCAACGGAGCGUCCGCUUCUGUGCUGCCUCUCGAGGAAUUGAUAAAUCCCGAGUAUGUCGGCGAAGGCGGUUUCGGCACGGUGUUCCGGGCACAACAUAGGACGUGGGGCUAUGAUGUGGCAGUCAAGAUCGUGAACUCGGAGGCGAUAUCCAGGGAGGUGAAAGCCAUGGCAAGUCUUUGUAAUCAGUACGUGUUGCUCCUGCUGGGGGUCACCGAGAACCUGGAGUGGGGCUACGUGUCCGGACCGGCUCUGGUGACCCAAUUCAUGGAGAAUGGCUCCCUGUCUGGGCUAUUGCAGCCAGAGUGCCCUCGACCCUGGCCACUCCUCUGCCGCCUGAUGCAGGAAGUGGUGCUGGGGAUGUGUUAUCUGCACAGCCUGAACCCGGUACUCCUGCACCGGGACCUCAAGCCCUCCAACAUCCUGCUGGACCCAGAGCUGCAUGUCAAGUUGGCAGAUUUUGGCCUGUCCACAUUUCAGGGAGGAUCACAAUUAGGGGCAGGGUCCAAGGAACCUGGGGGUACCCUGGCAUACUUGGCCCCAGAACUGCUUGCUAAUGUAAACCAGAAGGCCUCCAUGGCCAGUGAUGUCUACAGCUUUGGAAUCCUCAUGUGGGCAAUGCUAGCUGGAAGAGAAGCUGAAUUUGCAGGCAAGAUAUCUCUGCUGCAAGGAGUAGUAUGUGAGGGACAGAUCCGACCACCAUUGACUGAAGUACCUCUGCCCAGCCCUGAGACUCCUGGCUUGGAAGGCCUGAAGGAAUUAAUGCAGCGCUGCUGGAGCUCUGAGCCCAAGGACAGACCCUCUUUCCAGGAUUGUCGACCAAACACCAAUAAAGCUGUCCUCCUAGUCCAGGGAGAGAUGGAUGCUGCUGUCUCCAACGUGAAGACAUUUCUGUCUAAGCACAGGAGCAACUACAAGAGGUUGUCUGCCCCAGAAACAAGUCAAAGAGGUAUGGAAAUGGAUGGCCCUGCGGGAACCACAGGAAGCCAGUUCUCUUGUACUGGUUCCACAGUUUCUGAGAUGUUGAACAAGAUGAAGCUGGAGGAGUCCCCUAGCUCAGUCCCUGAGAAAUGCAUUAGCCUCCCUGAGAAGCAGGAACAGGAAGAGCAGAUUCGGCAUGACAGGACAGCAAGAACAUCUUCAGAUCCAAUGGCUCAAACUCCACAAACACCAGAGACCUCACCUUUCAGAAACCAAAUGUGCAACCCCACUAGGAUUCCAGGUCCUGAACCACAAGGGAAUCAGGGAGCUGAGACAUAUGGUGCUACCAGAUCCUCCAGGGCUCCAAAGCCAAAUCCAAUAACAGGACCACCGUCUAUUACCUUAGACAAUUGCUUUGCUGUGCAGAUUGGAAACUACAAUUCCUUGAUUGUACAAGAGAGAACUACAUUGCCUAAGCAGGGCCCAACAACCUUCAGCAUGGGUAGGGGCUGGACCACCCCCCCCAACAAAUAGGUUCAAAAGAAGGUUUGCCAAAACCUGAAGACUGGAGUGGGCCAUGGGACCAGUAUCACAAUGAGAAUUAAAGCACCAGAUUCUAAGCUGCCAGCAGGGGCUGAGGCAACCAGUGUCACCCCUUAGUCCAGCCUGUGCCCAAACCAACUUUGUGAUCUGCUUCCGAAGAAGUCAAUAAAUGUAAUGGGAUAUAAGCCA